GGUGCGUGGGUCGUUCUAAAUUAAAAAAAUAAAGGAGGUAUAAAGUUUCCGAUAUGGGAUACCCUCACCCAAACAAUAAAGGUGUGUUCACACGCACCCGAAUUGACCCUACCUCGUUUCACCUCAUUUUUUUUUUUUUAUGACUUGCCAUAUCCGAUAACACUAACUCUUGCUUGCUUGACUAUUGCUGCUAAUUGUCGUCAUCUUCAUAUCUAUUUACCAACAUUCCCAAAAGCAGUAAUUGCCAUGUCGACGACAAUGUACAUUAUCAAUAAUAAUGAUAAUAAAAAAAAAACUCUCCUUCUCUCUCUCUUAUAUUCUCUCCUCUCUCGGGUCUCACUCUCUUUUGUUGAUCUACCACACAACUUCUACUUGCCAAAUCUGACUUCUAAAAAAACCUUAUUGUCCCCUCUUGAGCCUUUUUUUUUUUUUUUGUACACGGGAAAAAAAACUUUUCACUCUUUUCUUUUUUUGAAAAUUACCUGCCAUGAAUAGACUCAUUACCCGAUCCUUGUCUACAUUAACCCGUGUUCAAACCACAAAGGCACCUGCUGCUAUUGGACCUUAUGCUCAGGCUAUCAAGGUCAAUGGCAUGGUAUAUACCUCAGGCUCCCUCCCUGUGAUUCCAGACACUGGCGAGAUUAUCGCAGGUGGCAUCACAGAGCAAACCCACCAAAGUUUAACUAAUAUGGUUGAGGUAUUAAAGGCAUCAGGUUCAGGUGUGGAUCAGGUUGUCAAGACAACGGUUUUCUUAAAAGACAUGAAUGAUUUUGCAGCCAUGAAUGCUGUCUAUGCAAAGUUCUUUGUUCAUCAUCAGCCUGCACGUAGUGCUGUACAGGUAGCUCGUCUUCCCAAAGAUGUGGAUGUUGAAAUUGAAUGUGUUGCUGCAACUCUCUAGAAUAGAUAAAUUCUACACCUUUUUUAUUAUUAUUAUUAUUAUUAUCCCCCACUUUUAAAUAAUAUAAGUAGCUCCACCACUCUGUUAGGAGAGGGAU